UCAGCGGAGAGAGGGGCUGAUGCAGCGGCCGAGCAACCGAGGGAAGGUUCACAGCGAGUAUUGGGGGAGAAGCGACGGAGGGCUCCGGGAGAAGGAGGCGCGGAUCUCCAGCAGUGAGACAUCACUAAGGGUUGGAGCGCACAGCGUGUGGUUUGCUUAUGAUAUAAUGUCAUCAUCGAAUAAUUCUUGGUCCUCAUCUCAGGAUGACAAUGAAAGUUCUAAGCUUCUGAGAAAGUCAAAGGAAUCACCAUUCGUUCCAAUAGGCAUUGCCGGAUGUCUUGCUGUUGUGGCAUUGGGUUUACACAGACUGCGCAAAACGGAACAGAAGAUGUCACUGCAUCUAAUCCACAUGAGAGUGGCUGCUCAAGGCUUCGUGGUUGGAGCAAUGACACUGGGUGUCCUGUACUCCAUGUAUAAUGAUUACCUCAGGAAACCAUGACAAGGGUAGUAACCCUUGGCCAGAUUGAAGGGCUUGUGUUUGGACUGGAGUCAGGCUUCGACUAAAGUAACAGAUCUGCAGUGGACUUAGGAAGUACGGCAUAUACUUCACGUUGAGAAGAGGCGGACAGUGUUUUCAUUGAAAUGAAGCUUUCAGUAAAGUUUUCUUCCUGUGUUACAUGUGAGUGCACCCAGCUGUUUGACCAUUAUUACCAGCACCAUGGAGCAACUCCAGGGUUAGUAACUCUGCAGUGAAGCCCGCCAUUUAGCAGUGCUCAAGCAUCACCCCUGUGCUGUACGGAGAAACUGCUCUUCAAGAAGCUGCUCUUGUUCCCACUCCAGAACUGCUUACUACCACACACAAUAUCCUUCGUUGCACUGACACCCCCUCAGCUUGAUUCCCUUUCUCCUAAAUAGUUCUUCCUGCCUGGUCAUAGUAUUCCAUUUCCCCUCUAAAAGAAUUCUUACCUGAAUGUAGGAUAUGUAGUGCAGGAGUCCUCCUUUUCCACUCCAGUCUCUCCCUUCUACAUUAAUUCUGACACAGCAAUUGCCAAAGUCUCAAGUCCCCAAUCUGAUGUCCGUCCAGUCCAGUCCGCUCCCACCUGCCUAACACUGUACUGAUUUUUAUAACUGACUUGGGUGAGGAAGUGAAAGGAUGGGUUAGUGAGUUUGCAGGUGACGUGAAGCUUGGUGGAGUUGUGGAAAGUGUGGAGGGUUGUUGUAGGUUACAACGGGACAUUGACAAGAUGCAGAGCUGGGCUGAGAAGUAGCGGAUGGAGUUCAGCCUGGAAAAGUGUGAAGCUAUUCACUUUGGAAAGUUAAAUUUAAAGGCAGAAUACAGGAUUAAAGCCGGAAUUCUUAGCAGUGUGGAGGAACAGGGGGAUCCUAGGGGUCCAUGUCCAUAGAUCCCCCAAUGUUGCUGCACAAGUUGAUAGGGUAGUUAAAAAGAUGUAUGACAUGUUGGCCUUCGUUGGCUGGGGACUGCGUUCAAAAGCCGAAAGGUAAUGUUGCAGCUCUAAAACCCUGGUUAGGCUACACUUGGAAUAUUGUGUUCAGUUCUGGUUACCUCAUUGUAGGAAAGCUUUAGAGACGGUGCAGAGGAGAUUUACCAGGAUGCUGCCUGGAUUGGAGAGCAUGUCUUAAUGAGGAUAGGUUGAGUGAGCUUGGGCUUUCUCUUUGGAGCAAAGGAGGAUGAGAGGUGACUUGAUAGAGGUGUAUAAGAUAAGAAGCCAGAGUCAUUUAUCAGGGUGGAAAUGGCUAAUACAAGGGGGCAUCAUUUUAAGGUAA